UGGCAGUUCCUGUUGACAGCGGAAGUGCAUCGACGAGCUGCUUCUGUCACGAUUGGAGUUUGCCCCUACUUACUGGUAUGCUGAACCUCUUUCACGUCAAAGCUAAGUUAUCACAAUACAAACAGCAGAGCGGGACGAGUCGAAGAUGGGUUUACUGACGAUUCUGAAGAAGCUGAAGCAGAAGGAGCGAGAGAUGCGGCUCCUGAUAUUAGGUCUGGACAACGCGGGGAAAACAACCAUCCUGAAGAAGUUCAACGGCGAGGACGUGAGCACCAUCUCCCCCACGCUGGGCUUCAACAUCAAGACACUGGAGCACCGAGGGUUCAAACUGAAUUUCUGGGAUGUAGGAGGUCAGAAGUCGCUGCGUUCCUACUGGAGGAACUACUUUGAGAGCACAGACGGGCUGCUGUGGGUGGUGGACAGCGCCGACAGACUCAGACUGCAGGACUGCGGACAGGAGCUCAGUAAACUGCUAAAGGAGGAGAGGUUAGCUGGUGCAACACUGCUGAUAUUUGCCAACAAACAGGAUUUACCUGGAGCUCUGACUAAAGAGGCGAUUCAAGAGGCUCUGGCUCUGGACGAGAUUAAAAGCCAUCACUGGUGCAUCGUUAGCUGCAGCGCGGUGACGGGAGAGAACCUGUUAACGGGCGUGGACUGGCUGUUAGACGAUAUCGCUGCGAGAAUCUUCACUGCCGACUAAUGUGUGUUUAUAAACCAGGGACACAAUUAAAACACAGUGGCCUCCUGGGUUUGUUGAUGUCUGACAUGACUCCAGAAUGCCAGUAGGGUUAAGAAAAGCAGAAGUGUAAAAAAGAGUGGAUUCUCAAAUUGAACAAAUGAUCUAGACAUACAGACACCUGGAGGAAAUGUAUAAUAUAAUUUAAGCAAUGUAAUGACCCUUUUUAUACUAAGUUGGUGCCUCACAUGUUAUCUACACAAUAAAGGUAACUCAUGCACUAUA